AUGUAUUGGGAGCUCAGUCACAAUGAAGUGCAUUGCCGUGUUGGCAAUCCAGAUAGGCCCAGUGGGAUCUCUGUGGCUGUCGCAUUUGAUCCAGCUGCUCUCGCAGGGCUCCUUGGUGCCAACGCCAGCAAGCUUCGGACGUCAUCGCGAAAGAACGUGGGCGUCGUGGUCGUAGGAGAUCCCUCCUUCCAGAGCCGGUAUGCGGCACAGAUCAAGAGCAUGAGAUGCUACGCCGACAGGCACGGCUAUGACAUGCACCUUCUCACAGCCUCAGAGUAUGCGGAUUGCAAGCAAUUCAAAGAUUUCUUCUUCAGAAAGCACUGCACUGUUUCGAAGUGGCUGGAGACCCAGCCGAGCAACUACGUCGCCGCCAUCUUUGACGGUGAUGUGGUCGCUGCUGCCCCAAAGCGCGGGCUGGAUAAGUGGAUCGACCAUGGUGCUGACGUGCAGCUGUACAACCGCUGCUUGUUCCACGAGAUCAUGGCAGGUAACUACAUGGUCCGGAACACGGAAUUCUCUCGGGACUUCCUCAUGCGCUGGGCCAAGUAUUACGACCAGAGGCCCAGUGGAUUCUCCUCCUCGGACAAUGGCGCCAUCCAGCUAGUGGUGAUGGAGACGCUCAGCGUGGAGGGUUUCAAUACCUGCUUCAACAUGUACAAGAACUUGACCAACAAGGUGACCAACUUGAAUCCGUAUUGGGAUUACGUCCACUGCACCAAGGAGGCCAUAGGCCCAGCUCGCGCGUGGAAGCUGCCCAAGGGCUCCCUGACGCUGUGGCCUCGUUUGGAGUUCUACGUGGCAGAUGGCGUCUUCCUCAACAGGUGGGCAAGUGACGACGUUGGCCCAGUCUUCCAUCACGGUGUAAAGGAUCCCCACGAUGUCACAUCCUUCUACUACAAGGACUUGGAUGGAUGCCAGCUAAACGACACGUCGGUGCUGCGCAGUGCGGCCGAGUUGGGUGAGACGGCUUUGCACCUGGCGCAAAGCUACCCAGAGUACUUCCCCGCAGGCAAAAGCUGCAAGCAGUGCGCGGAGCUGUGCAUGAAGAGUUUCAGCUGCCAACCUCUGGAGGACGCGGAAGAGCCGCGGCCAAAGCAGGUUGACGUGUCCAGCUUCGGUACCGCCAGCUUCACACUGGUGGACUCCGCUGUGAGCCGACAGCAUUCCUGGGGAUGGUCGCGCUGGGCAAAGUGA